AUGUCUGUUAUUGUUAGAGUAAAUCCCCAGUCAGUGUUCAUCACUGUCACUACAAGAGUUAUCGUGCAUGUUUCAGAUUCCCAGGUGUUAGCAGGUCGACGUUAUGAUCAAGUACAAACAUGUCUCACAUGCAGAGUUCACUUUGGUGGUGUUACAGCUGCAGAGCACGACGGAGGUGGAGAGUCGUGGUGUGUGCACCUCCAGGAGCUCCCCCACAACCAACACCCCCACCAGCGUUUCAACCAACACCCCACCAGCCUCAACCCCAACAACAAUUCUUCUAGCGACACACUCUUGGACUACAUUCCUUCGAGUCUAUCUGUUGACAAGGAAAGUCCUACCAAAGUCACCCACAGAGAGAGUCAUAAAAAAUAUAACGGGAAGGAGAGUCCAACCAAAAUAUGUAGAGAGAAGGAGAGUCCAAGCAAAACAUGUAGAGAGAAAGAGAGUCCAAGCAAAACAUGUAGAGAGAAAGAGAGUCCAAGCAAAACAUGUAGAGAGAAGGAGAGUCCAAGCAAAACAUGUCACGGAAAGGAGAGUCCCAUUAGAAAAUGUCGCCUCAAAGACAUUUCCAUCAAGACGUGUCGAGGUGCGGACAGCUGCAUCAAAACAUGUCAAGACAGGGAGUCGCCCGUCAGAACGUGUUACGAUCAGGACAUCCACAUCAGAACAUGGCAGGGCAUGGACAUCCCCACCAAAACACCACACAGCAAAGACAAGUCUCCGAAAGACGCCCACAACAGGGAUGAUUGUAACAGAGAUUUCCUAAGGAAAAGCUCCAAGGACUCUUCAGGCAACCACAGGAGCCACAAGCGCCACUCUCGCCAGGAGGUUGAGACAACAUCGUCGAGGGUAGGCCAGACACUGCAUCCCUCAGAGUUGGUAGAAGCCACCACAGCCUCGGUCAAGCAGGAACUGCUGCACCUCUCCCUCGCCAGACAAGCUCUCGAGGCUGACAAGCUUAUUAAUUUCAACACCUCACAAGUACACAAUUGUGAGCAGUGGGACUUUUCCCGCCUGCCCAUGGGUGCCCCGGGACCUGCCUACAGCAGAAGAAAACAAAGCAGGAAAAAGAAGAAAGCACAGGGCAUUAUCCCGAAGCGCCCAGUGAAGUCCUCCCAACAUUCGGUUUAA